GACACAUGGAGGCAGCAUGUUACCGGAGGAAAGCUCAGAGAGAUAACUGAGGAAGCCAAAAGCUUUGCAGUUGGAAACAAGGCUCUUGCUGCUCUUUUUGUUCAUACUCCUGCGGGAGAGCUGCAGCGUCAAAUCAGAAAUUGGCUUAGAGAGAACUUUGAUUUUCUUUCUGUUAGUGAUGACACAGUUGGCGAAGCUACCGGUCAGCUAGAUCUUCUUUCUACUGCAAUAAUGGAUGGCUGGAUGGCUGGACUUGGUGCUGCAAUGCCACCCGAUACUGAUGCCCUGGGUCAGCUUUUGUCCGAAUAUGUAAAGAGAGUUUUUAGUUCUCAGCUUCAGCACUUAAAGGACAUGGCAGGCACCCUGUCAACAGAGGUGACAGUAGACUCUGCGCAAGUGGCUAAGCUGCAUUCAGCUUUAGAAUCAGUUCAUCACAAGCGAACGAAGAUUCUACAGCAAAUGAGAAGGGAUGUGGCAUUGUUUACAUUAGAUUCUCCAGUUCGAAGUCCUUCGACAGGAGCCGAAGAUGCUCGACUUGCAUCACUGGUUUCCCUUGAUGGCAUAUUGAGACAAGUCAAGGAUAUUUCAAGGCAAUCACGUGUUAGCAGCCUUGGUAGAAGUAGGAAGAAAGAAAUGAUUGCAUCUCUAGAUGAGCUUACAGAACAUAUGCCUUCCUUACUUGACAUUGAUCAUCCAUGUGCUCAAAAGCACAUUGAAGAUGCACGGCGUAUGUUGGAGUCAAUUCCUGAAGAGGAUGACAUUGUAAAUGCUUCUUCGGAAAGGAGUGCAGAUGAUGCUGUGGAAGAAACUGAGGUGGCACAGUGGAACGUUCUUCAGUUUAACACAGGUUUAGCAUCACCCCCUUUUAUCAUUAAAUGUGGAGCGAACUCGAGUUCGGAAUUGGUGGUAAAAGCGGAUGCCCGAGUUCAAGAACCAAAAGGAAGUGAGAUUAUGAGAGUUGUUCCCAGACCAACUGUGCUUGAGAAUAUGAGCCUGGAGGAGAUGAAACAGUUAUUCACACUGCUUCCUGAGUCCCUAAGCCACCUAGCUCUUGCUAGGACAGCAGAUGGAACCAGAGCUAGGUACUCCAGGUUAUACAGGACGCUUGCCAUGAAGGUUCCGGCAUUGAGGGACCUCAUAAGUGAACUAGAGAAGGGUGGAGUUCUGAGGGACGUGAGAAGUUAGAACCAGAGAAGGGGGUGUAUUUGAAUAUAAAUUCCCAGGUUGGGCCUUCUCGACUUGUGUCAUGAUUCCACAUAUUUUUAACCAAUGUAUACCAGUUUAUGUAUGUAUGGUGAGCAAGUAUAUUAUACUGCCCUCGUAAAAUGCAAUUGGUAUAAUAUCUUCCUAACAUGUACCAUCGCCAUUUGUAUAUAUUCAUGUUAUUAGGGUUGAACUAUGUUAAUAGAAGUAUUGUGGAAUUGUUCAUCUG